CGUCAUCACCAACCUGGGCGCCCUCGCCCUCUACCUGCUCUUCGGCACCCUCAGCUACUACUUCAUCUUCGACCACGAGCUCAAGAAACAUCCCCAGUUCCUGGAGAACCAGGUGAGCCGGGAGAUCUCCUACGCCCUGCGCUCCCUGCCCUGGAUCAGUGUCCCCACCGUCGCCCUGUUCUUCGCCGAGGUGCGGGGCUACAGCAAACUCUACGACAACAUCGAGGACUCCCCGUAUGGCUGGUCUGGUGUCUUCCUCAGCAUGCUGUCCUUCCUCUUCUUCACGGACAUGGGCAUCUACUGGAUACACCGUGGUCUCCACCACAAGCUGUUCUAUAAGCGCUUCCACAAGCCCCACCACCUGUGGAAGAUCGCCACGCCCUUCGCCAGCCACGCCUUCCACCCCGUGGAUGGCUUCAUGCAGAGCCUGCCCUACCACAUCUACCCCUUCCUGUUCCCCCUGCACAAAGUCACCUACCUGGGCCUCUACAUCUUCGUCAACGUCUGGACCAUCUCCAUCCACGACGGUGAUUACCGCGUGCCGCGGCUGCUGCGGCACAUCAUCAACGGCUCUGCCCACCACACCGACCACCACCUGUACUUCGACUACAACUAUGGGCAGUACUUCACCCUCUGGGACAAGAUUGGGGGUUCCUACAAGAGCCCCACGUCCUUUGAGGGCAAAGGCCCCCACGAUUACUUGCGCAAGCUCCGAGAGAAAGAUCCGGGAGCGUCCAACGGCAUCGGGACCUCCAAGAAAGACCCGGGAGCAUCCAAUGGCACCGUGGCUUCCAAGACUGAGUAGGCUUCCUCCAGAUGUGUCCCUCCUCUGGCUGAAUCUUGUCCCAUUCCUCACCAGCCACCCAAGACAUAGGUCACCAUAUAGGACACCAACGAACAGAGUCCCUGAUGGCGUGAUCAGUGUGCGGUGAUUUUUGGGGAGCGCCCAACGUGCCCCCUCCCAAAUCGGCGGUGUCCGGCCUGCUCCUCACCACAGAUCUGCCCUGAUUUUCCUACUGCUUCCCCUCCCAGCUCCCUUUGGGUCUCUGCUGAGGUCCCUGCGCUGCUUUAGUGCUGUUCUGAUGCUUUGCAAGAAUAACAACAUGGCACAAAUAGAACAGUAACGUGGCACAAAUUAACGUGACUUGUGGCAGGGGCUUUGUUCCUCUGCUGCACCCCUUUGUUGGUUCCAUCAUGGUGUCCAUUGGGACAAGCUAUAUUUUGGAAAAAACCCUACCUUUUGGAGGUGGUGUGGCUUCUUCUGAUGGCUCCCUUGGUGGCACUUCUUGCACUCAACCUCCUUCCUCUUGCCUGGGGAUGUCCCAUGGAAACAUCAUGCCUGUAGGACAGAAGCAGGCUUUGAGUCUUGUGCGUCUCUCUGAGAACACUGAGGGGGAAGGGAGGAGGCCCAGGCACCCAAAUGUGAGGGACAGGGGCUUCUCCUCACUCAAGAGUUCGUGGUCAGCUUCCCCCCUUAAGGGCCUGUGUGUUUCCUGCUGAAAUUUGGGGUGACCUUUGGGGUGACCCAUGUUUAAUAAAUCUCAAUUGCCAACUUG